AUGCCAGAGUUGAGAAGUGGAGCUAGAAGGUCAAAGCGACUUGGAGAUCUUCAGCCUGGUCCUGUACCUGUUGAUCAAGGAGAAAAUUGGGCACAUCCUGAACAGAACAGAGCUAGGAGGAGAGUUGGAGGUGGAAGAGGAAGAGGUGGUAAUGCUACAGGUUUAGGGAAAGGGUCUUCACCAGCUGUUCCCACAAGGCGACCUGCAGCUGGUAGAGGCCGCGGAGCAAGAUUGAUUGAUUUGGAUCCUGAACCUUGUGAGGUCCUUCCAGAACCCAUUGCAUUUAGGGCUCAGGAACCUGUUUACAAUCACUUAGAGGUAGUGGCUAAUAAUAACAUUGUAAUGGAGGGUGGAAGUGGUGAUAAAGUGGCAGCAGCUGAAGAAGAGGCAACCACAACCCCUGUCCCUGAGAGGGUGCAAGUUGGUAACUCUCCUGUAUAUAAGACAGAGAGGAAGUUGGGUAAGGGUGGUUUUGGCCAAGUGUAUGUUGGCAGAAGGGUUAGUGGGGGCUCUGAUCGAACAGGUCCUGAUGCUAUCGAGGUGGCACUCAAGUUUGAGCAUAGAAACAGUAAAGGCUGUAAUUAUGGGCCUCCUUAUGAGUGGCAAGUUUACAGUACUCUGAAUGGUUGUUAUGGCGUUCCCUGGGUUCAUUACAAGGGUCGACAAGGAGAUUUCUACAUUUUGGUGAUGGACAUACUUGGGCCAAGCCUUUGGGAUGUCUGGAAUUCUCUUGGUCAAUCGAUGUCACCAAGUAUGGCUGCUUGUAUUGCAGUUGAGGCUAUAUCAAUUCUUGAGAAGCUCCAUAUGAAAGGGUUUGUGCAUGGAGAUGUAAAACCAGAAAACUUUUUGCUUGGUCAACCUGGAACGGCUGAUGAUAAGAAGUUGUAUCUUAUUGAUCUUGGUUUAGCUUCAAAGUGGAAGGAUGCAUCAUCUGGUCAACACGUUGAAUAUGACCAGAGACCUGAUAUAUUCAGGGGGACGAUAAGGUAUGCUAGUGUGCAUGCACAUUUAGGUAGGACUGGCAGUCGAAGGGAUGAUCUUGAGUCACUAGCAUACACGUUAAUAUUUCUCAUAAAAGGGAGAUUGCCGUGGCAGGGUUAUCAGGGUGACAAUAAAAGUUUUCUUGUUUGUAAGAAAAAAAUGUCCACUUCUGCGGAGUUGAUGUGCUGCUUUUGUCCCGCUCCAUUUAAGCUGUUCCUGGAAGCAGUUACAAACAUGAAAUUUGACGAGGAGCCAAAUUAUUCCAAGCUCAUAUCACUCUUUGACAGCUUGAUCGAACCAUGCACUCCAUUGAGACCUAUUAGAAUUGAUGGAGCUUUAAAGGUUGGUCAAAAGCGAGGAAGGAUGCUUAUAAAUCUGGAGGAAGAUGAGCAGCCUAAGAAAAAAGUGCGAUUGGGGAGUCCCGCUACUCAGUGGAUAUCAGUGUAUAAUGCACGCCGUCCCAUGAAGCAAAGAUAUCAUUAUAACGUAGCGGACAAUAGGCUCGGGCAGCAUGUAGACAAGGGUAUUGAGGAUGGGUUGUAUAUAAGCUGUGUGGCCUCUUCAGCAAAUUUGUGGGCUCUAAUCAUGGACGCAGGAACAGGUUUUUCUUCCCAGGUUUACGAGUUAUCACCUGUCUUCCUGCACAAGGAUUGGAUUAUGGAGCAAUGGGAAAAAAAUUACUAUAUCAGUUCAAUAGCUGGUGCAGUUAAUGGCAGUUCCUUGGUUGUCAUGUCCAAAGGAACUCCUUAUACACAGCAGUCCUACAAAGUGAGUGAUUCUUUUCCUUUCAAAUGGAUAAACAAGAAGUGGAAAGAAGGAUUCCAUGUUACCUCCAUGACUACUGCUGGCAGCCGCUGGGGUGUUGUAAUGUCCAGAAACGCAGGGUAUUCUGAUCAGGUUGUGGAGCUUGACUUUUUGUAUCCAAGUGAAGGAAUUCAUCGACGAUGGGAAAAUAAUUACCGGAUUACUUCUAUGGCUGCUACUAGUGAUCAGGCAGCCUUCAUACUGAGCAUACCAAAACGUAAAUUACUUGAUGAAACUCAAGAGACUCUGAGAACAUCUGCUUUUCCUAGCACCCAUGUAAAGGAAAAGUGGGCCAAAAAUCUCUAUAUUGCCUCGAUAUGUUAUGGGCGAACUGUUUGCUAG